UUCAUUUACUUCUACAGGAAAUGAUGCCAUUGUCAUCAGCUUCUUCAACCAAUAUGACAACCACAGAAAUCCAAGCAAAGCUUGUAGAGAAAUAUAAAAGUUCUGACAAUGCAAGAAUUGCAAGAAAAAAGAUUCAAGAAAUAGCUCUCAUUGAAGAAGAAAAUUGCAGUGAAUCAAAUACGAGUAAACCUAGCUGCUUGAAGCAGCUGUGUAUAUUGACUCGUCGAUCAAGCCUAAACAUCUGUAGAGAUAUAGGGUACUUCUGGCUAAGAAUAGUGUUCUACAUUUUAGUAGCAUUAAGUGCUGGCAGUUUCUUUUUCAACAUUGGAACGAGCAACUAUGCCAUCUUUUUGAGAGGAAAGUUUGAUGGAUUCACCUAUGGUCUCAUGAUCGUCUUACCUAUCGGAGGCUUGCCUUUCUUCACGGAGUAAAUAAAGGUAAAUUCCAUCUCAA